AUGGCGACCGUCGAUUUGGAAAAGAAAAAAAAGAUGACAGCGCAAGAAAACAUUGAAAUAGCAACAGUGAAUUCAGUUAAUAAUGGUACGAGCUGCAAAAAUAAUUUAAAUGAAACGUCUCUUGAAGGGAAGAACAAAGCAACGAAAAAUAAUGCAAGUAGUACAAACAGCACAAAUAGUACAAACAGCACAAAUAGUACAAAUAGCACAUAUCGUACAAAUAAUAUUGUUAAUACUGAUAAUACUAGUAGUUCGAACGAAAAUGGAAUUAAUGAGAAACGGGAAUGCAGCGAAGUCUGUGCGAACGUUACUACAAACAGUAGCGUUGCUCCAAACUGUAAUAGCAAAAAAAAGGAGGAAAAGGAAAGCGACGAAUUAUGUAAUGGAUGUGGGAAAAUUUUAAAUAAAAAAUUGAGUUGUCCAAUAUGCCUAAAGAUGAAAAUUAAUAGCUAUUUUUGUAGUCAAGAAUGUUUUAAAAAAUCAUGGAAAGAACAUACAACUGUUCAUGAGGAUGUACAGAAAAAAAAAAAUGAUGAAGAAGAAGUAGUAAAUUUUAUGGCAUAUGUUAGAAAACAAUUAUCACCAAAAUAUUUUGAUCCUACUAAUAGAUUAUAUUGGGUAUAUGAUGAGCAUUUGAGAAAAUUUGUUAAUUUUACAUUUACUGGUAACAUACGACCAUGGCCCAUAUCAAAAAUGAAUGAAGUCCCUGAACAUAUAGAAAAACCUGACUAUGCAAUAACUUCUAUACCUGAGUCAGAAUUAAAAUUUAAAAGGAAGAGUGAUAUUUAUGUAAAUAGUGAAGAUGAAAUAAAAAGAAUUAAAGAAGCUUGUGUAUUAGGUAGAAAAACAUUAGAUUAUGCACAUUCUUUAGUUUCACCAGGUGUUACAACUAAUGAAAUAGACAGAAAGGUUCAUGAAUUUAUAAUUAAAAAUAAUGCAUAUCCAUCUACAUUAAAUUAUUAUAAAUUUCCAAAAUCAUGUUGUACAUCUGUAAAUGAAAUUGUUUGUCAUGGAAUACCAGAUUAUAGACCAUUAGAAAAUGGUGAUAUUAUAAAUAUAGAUAUUAGUGUUUUUCUAAAUGGUGUGCAUUCAGAUUUGAAUGAAACUUAUUUUGUAGGUGAUAUUGACAAGGUCUCAAAUGAAGCAAAAGAGUUAGUAGAAACUUGUUACUUCUCAUUAAUGGAAGCUAUUAAAAAAUGUAAACCCGGUAUGUUAUAUAAAAAUAUAGGUAACAUAAUAGAUGCUUAUGUAACUAAAAAAAAUUUUUCCGUUGUUCGGACAUACUCAGGACAUGGUGUUGGAAAAUUGUUUCAUUCAAAUCCUACUGUUCCUCAUUUCAGAAAAAAUAAAGCAGUAGGUAUAAUGAAACCUGGUCACAUUUUUACAAUUGAACCUAUGAUAAAUCAAGGACAUUAUGGAGAUAUUUUAUGGCCUGACAAAUGGACAAGUGCAACAUCGGAUGGAAAAUUAUCAGCUCAGUUUGAACAUACCUUGUUGAUAACUGAAAAAGGAGUAGAAAUUUUAACAAAGAGAACUGAUGACUCUCCGAGCUUAGGUUUCGAUACGAAGGAUGAUUUAUAUUACGCAUAG